CAAAUGGAUAAACUAUUCGGUGACAACAAAGGUCUUCUGAGUUUAUUCACAAAUACACGUAAUGAGUCUCCUACGCAAGAACCGGAAGCUACAACUGUCGCGGCGACAACUCUGGAACCAGUUGAAGCACCACAAACACCACGUUUCUGUGUAGCGAUCUACUGA